AUGCCUGAAAUGGAACCUCAUCCAGUUCUUCCCAAGAUGAUUGGUGAAACGAUCACCACAAAGCCUCCGGACUCUGUUCUUUAUCCCCGUCGUAACUGGAUCAUUAUCGAAAAGUUGAGUGAGGAUCCAAUCCCUGUUACCCCAGAGGACUUCCGCGAUGGUAUGGGCCCUGCAUACACCGCUGGGAAAUAUCUUUGUCGCCUUACAGGUGCUGGGAACGCGCAAAUUUUCGGCUUUAUGCGUAUCUACAAACAAAUCCCUCUAGCUGGCACUGAACUUGAUAGCUCUAGCGUUCGAAAGGCACAGGCCUCCAAGCCAUAUAACCACGUGGAGCUGGAUGCCUUGAACGAUACGGAAAGCGAACGCCAAGAAGUGGCAGAGGAAAUCAAGUACAUAGGCAUGAGCGGCCAACUAUGGAAUCUUAUUCUCUAUGCUUUACUUCUUCGUAAUUCAACUCUCUAUUAA